AUGGAAGGAUCCUUGGAUCCCGAAAUUGAAGGAAAAGUCCCUAAAAUAAAAGAGGGAGCUAUUGAAUCCCAAGUCAGGAGAGUUGAGAACCUGAUUACCCCUAUCGAUUUUAGAUGGGACGAAGCCAAGUUGCAAGAUUUGUGCGACCAAGAAAUAGUGGAAGCCAUCAAUAGAGUUAAGAUCUAUGGAUCAGAGAUCGAAGAUAAACUCUUUUGGAUAAGCACCAACAACGGAUUUUUUUCAGUUAAAAGUUGCUAUAACAUCCUCACUAGUAAUGGAGCUUCUGAUAAAAGUAUAUGGAAGGAGAUAUGGACAGCUAAAAUCCACGAGAGAAUCAAGAUGUUUCUCUGGAGACUCGCUGCAGAUGUUUUGCCUUUGAAGGGAACUAUUUUUGAAAGCACUGGCAAGGGGGAUCCAAGCUGCUCUUUCUGCGGUUUUACCAAAGAAAUGUCUUCCCAUCUUUUGGUAGAAUGUCCAGUUGCAAGAGCAAUGGCUUUCAGCAGUAAAUGGGGACUUCGACUGGAUUCUGUUGCCUCAAGUAAUGCCCAGGAGCUGGUGAAGUGGUGUAUGAAUCCUUCUCAUCAGCUGUGUUCAAACCUAGGAAGAAAAGACUACACUUCCCUAUUGCUAGCCACUUUUCUUUACAUUAUAUGGGAAUUACGAAAUGACAAGGUCUAUGAAAACAGAAGCUCUAUAGCCAAGGCUUCGGCUAGAUGGGAAUCGAUGGUGGAGGAAUUCAAGCUUGUGGCUCUAGACAAAUCAGCAAUCGCUCUUAUUGCUAGGGACGACAAGAGUUUAGUCAAAGUCCUCGCUGCCAAACUAAUACCCUCAGUUAGACCCGAUAUUGCUGAGCUCAAAGCUAUCGAAUGUGCAGUAACUAUUGCAAAGGAGUCUUCUUGGAUAGAGGUGGAUUGGCUCUGUAAUGCCCGGUUGGUGGUGGAUCAGCUUAAUGACUCUUCCGAACCUAGCGAAUGGGAGUCGUGGUCUUUGGUUAAAAAUCUCAGAGACAAACUGAAGGACAACAACUGGACAAUUUCUUAG